UAAAAUUAUGCUGAUUAUCAGAUGGAUGCAUUUACUUUCUCUCUUAAUAUUUUCCAGUUGCCAACUGUGAAAAGUGUGGUCCUGGUUGGACUUGGUACGACGGUCGAUGUUUCCUGUAUGUGAAAGUUAAAAUGUCCUGGGCUAAAGCUGAGAGACUCUGCCUCUCAUUGGAUGGACAUCUGGCCUCAAUGCGCAGUACAAAUGAGUACAACUUCAUCAGAGAGCUUAUCGUCACUGAAUCUGGAAGAGACACACAAACUUGGGUUGGAGGUUUUGAUUCAGCAGAGGAAGGCACCUGGAUGUGGAGUGAUGGUUCCAAGUUUAUGUUUCAUCACUGGGGCCUCGGUGAACCAAGCAAUAGCGGUGGAAACCAAAACUGCAUGGACAUCAACUUUGCAGGACGAGACCAUGUGAAUGAUGAUGUCUGUGGCGUGUUGCUCCCCUUCGUCUGUGCCAGACACGUCAAAGCUCUUCAUGCCUUUUAAUCUGAAAUGCCCAUAUGGCUUUCCUGCUGGUGAUGUCACUUCCACCUGGAUGUCAAGCCCCGAUGACAUCACUGCUGGAAGAACCUGAU